AUGGCGACUGACCUGCUCGCCAUGAAGGAGAGCCUUCGCUGGGAAGGCGCAGAUCCGAAGGUGCACCUGAAAGAGCUGUCGAAGUUUGAUGAGUUCAACUAUUGGAUCUCUGAGUACUUUGAUACUCCGGCACCGGCUCAAAACGUGCUGGAUGCCCUAGCAAUCCUCAUGGGCUGGUCUGGCGAUGCCAAGCAAAUUGUGACUCAAAUCACCGGGCAGCGUCACACCGAGGACAAGAAGUUUCCGGAGAAGUUCAGCAAGUUUCAAGCUGAUCUGAAGGUCCCACCGCCUCGGGAUGAGAAGUCUGACCUGCAAUCGCCGAAGACUCUGGAGAGGAGUCAGACACAUAAGCUUGGCAGCAGCAAGUCCAACGGCCAGAAGUCUAACUUACCGGACAUCCACGGCAAAGAGCCGACCUCCACAACAGCCAGGGAGGAGUCGCCUGAGCCGGAUGACCUUUCCACGGCCAUCGUAUUGAAGCAUCCCCUCUUCGAGGGCACUUCGCAGGAGUUUCGAACUGAGAUAGCGCUGAACAUGAAGACCUUCCAGGUCAAGACCGUCGGUCAGGUUGAAGUCAAGACGGAAUAUGCCCGCGACAUGUUCGAAAGCAGCCUUAUGAGACCCAGGGCUCGCGUCCUGCUGGUCCAGGGCCGUGCGCCGGAGAUGCUGCCUGGAAUGCUCCUGACGCACCACAGCGACAGCCAUGUCUUCGAAGUCUUGUACAACAACAUCUCGCUGGGACCUGAUGCAGAGGCCUACGUGCUUCCUUGCACAGCAGGGCAGGAAGUCGCGCUGGGCAUAACUUCCGUCAGUCCGUUCACGGUGCGCUUGCGCUCGGAGCCCAAGAGGGGCUUCCUCUUCGUUUCGGCAGACAUCCUAGAAAUUCUCUUCACCAGGUACUCCGCUGACUUCGGGAAGAUGAAAGACACGGCCUACAAGGCCGCCACGGGCUUCCUAAGGGCCUGGCUCACGAGAUACCAUGCCAAAGCCUAUGUCAAGCUCUUCGUGAACUUGACGGAGGAGUUCAGGUAUGCCCUUCUCACUCAUGCGAAAAUCCAGCUGAUUAAGGCAGAAGCCAAAAUCUGCAAAGAGGGCGACGUGGGAGAUUCAUGCUUCUUUGUCUUUACCGGCGAGGCUGACAUUUACUGCAAGCAUGCCUUUGCUGGCCGCUUGUCGCAACUCCCGGGAACCAAAGCCUGGGAGUCGUGGUGGGGUGCGCUGGAAGUUGGUGGCAGCUGUUUAAAUCGCGUCGCUUCGGUCAUGGCCUACACAGAUUGUGUCAUAUGGGAACUGUCGGCCAAAGCCAUUCGAGACUUGUGGCUACUCUUCCCGUAUGAGUGCAGCUUCUUCGACAAAGUUGCGAUGAAGCACCUGCAGUUGCUUUUUCCCUUCACUGAUCGAGUCAGUGAAAUCAACAUUUUCGAAAAUUGCAGUGCCGAGUUCUGCAGAGUGAUACGUGGCCUCAUGGUGCAGAAAGUGUACUGCCGCGAUGAGGUAGUCAUGCAAGAGGGCGAUGCGGGGGACGAGAUGUAUGUGCUCUGCGUCGGCAAGUGCAGUGUCUUUCGUGGCUACAACUCGGAGCCUUUGAGCCACCUGCAUCCUGGUAGUUGUUUUGGCGGGCUUGCCGUUCUAAACAUCACCAGACGUCGCACGGCAACCAUCAAGGCGGACUGCGUCUGCGACCUCCGGGCUUUGACGCGGCCGGCGCUGCUAGAGGCGCUGGCUCAGUACCCGGGCGACAAGGACCGUGUGAGGGAGGUCAUCGAAGCGCACAGCCAGAGCAGGCAAGCCACUGCAUCGGCGCUGCAGCGUGCGGGUGCCAGUGAGGGCAGCUUCAGCAGCCAGUUUCUGCAGAUCCUUCUGGAUAACAUGCACGAGCAGCCCUUCCUACCGAAGCAGACGAUUUUGCAAGAGGGCAAGGAGAGUUUCCUCACCGUCCUUCUUCACGGAAUGGUCGAAGUGGAGGUGCGUGGCGUUCACAUUGCCAACAUCGUGGCGCCGGCCAUCUUCGGCGAGCGCGGGAUCCUGGAGCCCGGGACGCCCUCUGCAGCCACGGUGCGGAGCUGCACGGUGUCGGAGUGCAUGGUCCUCCCAGCCUCCAGCGCCGCGGUGCCCAUCGUCCGGGCUCGGCUCCCGGAGGACAUCGCGCGCUUGGAGAGGAUGCUGGAGAAGAAGAUGGCACUGACAAGGAAUCACCUGGCCAGCCCAGACGACAUGACCGUAGCAGCCGAGCAGCAAGACAAAGGGCUGUUCGGAGCCUGCGGAGCUGAGUUCCUGGCCCGCGUGUCGAACUACUUCGAGCGCCGGGUCUACCUUCCGAACCAGAACAUUCUGACAGAAGGCGAGGAGCCCCGAUAUGGAGUGAUGAUCCAUCAGGGCACGGCCACCGUGGAGUCUCAGGGCGUCCUCAUCGCUGAGUGUGGCCCGGGAGAGUUCCUUGGCGAGGUGGCUAUCCUGGGUUUGUCGAGCACCUCCAGCGCCACAGUGAAGGCGCACACGAAGAUAGUCGCGUACACUGUGGAGGCGCAGUCCUUCAAAGAGGUGUUGGAUGAGUUCCCGGAAGAGAGAGUGAGGCUGAGGGAAAUCAUGGAGAAACGCAUUGCGAACACCCAGAAGCCGAUCGAAGCCAGAGCGAGUAAGUCCCUGGCCAUGAAAUCCAAGUCGGUGAACAAGUUCCUGAAAGUCGUCAUGUCGCGCCGCACCUCCGUGGAUCAGCGAGCUGAAGCGGUCGCAGUGCCGAAAGUGGAGUUCGACACGACCAUCAGCGAGAAUCCCAAAAGGACCAAGCUCCCCGGACCUUCGGAGGGUCGAGCUUGGGCAGAGCAGCGGAAAGGGGCGCUGACGGAGGCCAAGAAGAUACGCUGGCAGCGGAUGCAGGCGCAUGGCGACAUGGAGAGGCUCCCCGCAACCCAAGGUGUUCGCGUUCCCGAUCGACAGACCAAGCCCGAUCGACAGACCAAGACCGCCUCGGCUUUCCCCGAAAGACAGCUGAAGAAGGCGGCCAACGUCUAUGGGAAGAUGGUCUGGCAAGAGAUCUUCAAUCCGAGAAAGACGACGAUGACGCCUGUGAUGAUCACUGAUGGUAUUGCAUCAUCGCCAACAGAGCUCGAGAAGGAUGCACGGGAACUGGAAGAAGCCCUGGAUGCCGCGUCACAUGGUGCUGUUGCUGCAGAGCCUGCAGCUGUGCCAGUCACGGAGGCAUCGCAGACCGAGAAGCAAAGGACGGAGAGGGAUGCACCGGUGCCCAUGCCGCCUCCGAAGGACGCUGAGAAGCGGCCCUCGCGGGCGGUUCGCUUCCGCACAGCGAGUGUGUCGAAGGAGACAGAGACGGUCGCAAUGCCCGUGGCAAGCCCUACAGCUUCUGUCCGGAGCAGCCCUGACUUGGAUGACGAGGCCCAAGCGCAGGCAUGGGAUGCAAGUGAUUUCAACUUGUCUUCGCGGGCACAGGUUGCAUCCGUCGUGAGCAGCGUGGUGGCCACGGCUCGCUCCGAGGAUCUCGAGGACGAGCUUGCAAGCUUCGGGGUCGAUGCUUGGUGGAGGAAGCCCAGGUGA